AUGGCACCGCAACCGCAGCCUCAACCUGCAAACCAGAAUCCCCCACAAACCAUGACUUUGACCAACCAACUCAUGGGGAAAUUCAAACCGGCGAAGAUCUUCAAAGGCGCGGUGGAGGCUACGCCACCUCCAUCUCCCGGUGGCAGGACAUCGAGUAAUGGACCCAAACAUAUCACCGGGAUCUCCUUUGACGAUAGAGGGGACCAAGUGAUCACAGCAGCUGAGGACGAGACGUUCCGUUUGCCCUUGAAAACACUACAUUCGAAGAAGUAUGGAGUUGAUCUACCCCGGUUUACCCACAAGAAUACUUCAAUUGUCCAUGCGUCGACGAAGGAAGACGAUACCGUACGGUAUCAUUCCUUACACGACAACAAAUACUUGCAAUACUUCAAGGGGCACAAAGAUCGAGUUGUGUCACUAGAAGUGUCCCCUGUGGACGAUUGCUUCAUGUCGGGAUCUAUGGACAAGACCGUUCGACUAUGGGAUCUCCGCACGCCGACAUGCAGAGGCCUUCUCGCUUUGCCUUCUACUCCAAUAGUCACAUAUGAUUUGUCGGGUCUUGUCUUUGCUGUCGCAGUUAACCACUACUCAAGAAUUCUCCUGUACGAUCACGCGAGCUUCGACAAAGCGCCUUUCCUAACCAUAACUCUUGAAGAUCCCACUCUUUCCCUGAUCUCGUACCCCCCUCGACCUAUAUAUAUGACGUCUAUGUCUUUCUCCAGUAACGGCAAGUAUCUACUGGUCGGUUGCUCGGGGGAUGCCCACUAUAUACUGGACUCCUUCGAAGGCCACUUGCUCGCGAAGCUGGAGGGGCAUACUGGAUUGGAGCGACGUAGAAUGGGAACUCCACCAUCGAUUGAGCCUUCCAAAGGCAACAGUGGCGAAGAAGUCUGCUGGACGCCCGACAGCAAAUAUGUCAUUAGCGGUAGUCUCGAUGGCAAGAUUGCUAUUUGGGACGUGCAAGAUCUACCCACGCGAGAAGGGCCCAUAGACCUCAAGGUUCCUCCAUUACGCUUGCAGCCCCUGGCCUCGCUAGAAGGACACCCUGGCCCGUCGAGAUGCGUGAGAUUCAAUCCUCGUUAUGCUAUGAUGUGCACAGCCGGCGCAGAACUGGCGUUUUGGCUGCCCGACAAGUCUGCGGACGACGAUGAAGUUGCACGCGAGCUGCUAAAGAAGAAAGUACCAUAA